AUGAAUUUUAUGUCACUCAAUGUUCGUGGCAUUGGAGUCGAUGCCAAGGUGAAAUGGGAGACACAAAUCUCCAAUUACGCCAAUAUAGAUGUGAAUGGAUGUUGGGACGGCACUGUGAUGGACUACGAGUGGGUGGACUCCACUGGACGUUCUGGUGGGCUUACUAUUAUAGCAAAUAUAUAUGGUCCUCAAUCACCACAUGAGAAGAAAACACUAUGGAGGGACCUGAUACAAAUUAUGCAGAACUGGCCCGGGAAUUGGCUCCUAUUUGGAGACUUUAAUGUUGUGAGGCACAAAGAGGAAAGAUUCAAUUCCCAAUUUUGUGAGGUUAGUGCACAAGACUUUAACAGGUUCCUUGCAUGUCCUAAUUUCCUGUCUUCUUGUCCGGCUCUCACAACAACUGCUCAUCCCAAGCACCUAUCUGAUCACAGUCCUAUUACACUCACCUCGGGUAGAAAGGACUUUGGUCCUAAACCAUUUAGAUUCUUUAAUUCUUGGCUACUUGUUGACGACAUCGAUCAAGUGGUGGUGAAUGCAUGGUCUGAAUUCAGAGGUUAUGGGCCUGCUGAUGCGUAUAUGGCUGCCAAACUCAAGCAUGUGAAGGACGCUAUUCGUCAGUGGCGUAAAGUAUAA